CUUCAUUUGGGAGUUCGAGCCCAGUUGGCUCUUUAUCAUCUGAGGAUCAUGACUUUGACCCAUCUGCUGAAAUGCUGGUACAUGAUUAUGAUGAUGAGCGAACUCUUGAAGAAGAGGAAAUGAUGGAAGAAAGCAAAAAUUUCAGCUCUGAAAUUGAAGAUUUGGAAAAGGAAGGAAAUAUGCCACUGGAAGAUUUACUGGCAUUCUAUGGCUAUGAACCCACGAUUCCAGUUAUAGCAGGUGCCAGUGCGGAUAGCUCGCCAAGUGAACUUGCAGAUGAACUUCCGGAUAUGACUCUAGAUAAAGAGGAAAUCGCUAAAGACCUCUUGUCGGGUGAUGAUGAAGAAACACAGUCCUCUGCUGAUGACUUGACACCAUCAGUUACUUCACAUGAGGCUACUGACUUCUUUCCUCGGCCAUUAAGAUCAAACACUACGUGUGAUGGAGAUAAGGAAUCAGAUGGUGAAGAUGUAGAGGCGGACAAUGGUAAUUCAUCUGAAGAUUUGAGAAAGGAAAUAAUGGUUGGUUCACAGUACCAGGCUGAAAUUCCACCUUACCUUGGCAGAUACAGUGAUGAUGGAAAGGCCUAUGAAAAUGAAGACCAUUUACUUUGGAAACCUGAUGUGAUCUCAGAAAGUAAAGUUAAAGAAUACCUUUUUGAAACCUCCUUAAGAACAGGAAAUGAAAAAAUGAUUGGCAGAAUUCCUGAAGGACUACAUACACGGGACAAUGAACAAGCAUUGUAUGAACUUCUUAAAAGUAGCCAUAAUGUUAAAGAAGCAAUUGAGAGAUACUGCUCAAAUGGAAAGGCAUCUCAGG